GUUACACACUGUCACUCAGAUAAUUCCACUUCUGUCUAACGGUCAACAAACAAAAAUCGUAUCACAAUGAGCUACGACCAGCAACAACCACCGCCUCCAUAUUCUACUGGACAGCCACAGCCCGCCCCCUAUGGUUAUGUGCAACCACAACCUGCAAUGCCGCCGCCACAGGCAGGGCCGUACCCACAACAAGGAUAUAUGCAACAACCUGGUGCACAGUACACAGUUGUGUACGGAGUUCCCCAGGAACCGAAAACAACUUACGUAAUCGACAGGACGGGAGAACAGAAAAAAGAUGAUGGCAAAGGAAGUGCAUUUUGUUUGGGCGCUCUCUGUACUGCGUUGCUGUGCUGUUGUAUGAAUUAGCAUUUAACAAAACGUUACCUGAAUUCAGAAAACGGAUCAUCAUCGCACCCCCCCCCAAAAAAAACGAAAUGUAUGCGACUACAUAAAAAAAAAUAACCAACAAAUUUACGACAAAUAUUUUUUACUGGUAUUAUUUACAAAAUCUCAG